AUGCCGGGGGGUGCAGGAGGGGAUGUGCCGCCAGAAGGAGUAGGGGCAGAAGGGGGAAUAGUGGAAGGAGCGGAAGGAGGGGGGGUAGAGGGAGGAGUCAGAGAAGGGGGGGUAAAGGAAGGAGGGGGAGGAGGGGAAGGAGGGGGAGGAGAGGGAGGAGUGGAAGGAGGGGGAGGAGGGGAAGGAGGGGGAGGAGGGGAAGGAGGGGGAGAAGGGGGAGGAGGGGAAGGAGGGGGAGAAGGGGGAGGAGGGGAAGGAGGGGGAGGGGAGGGAGGAGGGGGAGAAGGGGGAGGAGGGGAAGGAGGGGGAGAAGGGGGAGGAGGGGAAGGAGGGGGAGAAGGGGGAGGAGGGGAAGGAGGGGGAGGAGAGGGAGGAGGGGGAGAAGGGGGAGGAGGGGAAGGAGGGGGAGAAGGGGGAGGAGGGGAAGGAGGGGGAGAAGGGGGAGGAGGGGAAGGAGGGGGAGGGGAGGGAGGAGGGGGAGAAGGGGGAGGAGGGGAAGGAGGGGGAGGGGAGGGAGGAGGGGGAGAAGGGGAAGCGAUAACCGCACCUAUAAGAUGA